ACAUGUUACUGUAUCUUUUUCACCUUUAUCUCUAUUGUCUUACCCUCUAUCAGUAUUUCUCUGAUUUCCUUCAACCCCCUGCUCAGAAAUCCCCAGCACAGCCACCAGUGGAAAAGGUCCAACAUGGAGGAGAUGCAUCUUGGGGCAAAUAUCUGGAAUAAUUGGGUUGAUCUUGUAAAACCUAUAAGAGAAAGGCAAACUCAGUGCAGAUCUUGACAUAACUGGUAUGUUGCUCUUUGCUAUGUUAACGUUUAUGACACUGGUAUCGCUAUUGGUGUUUUUGGAAGAAUCUUACUAUAUGUACAGAAAAAUGCCUAGCCCCAAAAGUUCCAUACUCAUUUGGAUAAAUUCAGGAGCCAUGAUGAUUUCAACCACAUCCUGUUUUGGAAUGUGGAUUCCACGUAGCAUCAUGUUCACUGACUUCACAGCCUCUGUGUUCUUUGCAAUGUUUGUACACAAGUUUCAGCUCAUGCUGGUAAAUGAAUGUGGGGGAAGAAGUGAAUUUCUCAGAAAAUUUGGUGAUAUGAAGCUCAAGAUUAGCACUGGUCCCUUGUGCUGCUGUUGCCUGUGCCUGCCAUAUACAACCAUCAACAGACGGACUUUAUUCAUCCUCAAGCUGGGUACGUUUCAAUUUGCAUUCCUACGACCGGUGCUAAUGUUCCUGGCUGUUGUUCUUUGGACAAAUGGAAACUUUACAACUGGUAAUUCAUCUCUGAAUAGCGUUGCAUUGUGGAUCAAUAUUGGAAUUGCCAUUAUGACACUAACAGCCCUAUGGGCAGUGGGAGUCAUGUUUCAUCUGGUAAAAGACACCUUGAAUGACAAAAAUAUUGUUGCAAAGUUUGCGGUCUAUCAGUUCAUAGUCAUUCUGAGCCAAUUGCAAAGCACAGUCAUCCAUAUUCUUGAUAAAAUAGGUAUUAUCGGUUGUGUCCCUCCUCUCUCUGGCCCAACAAGGUCUUCCUACAUGAACAAUCAGCUGCUCAUUAUGGAAAUGUUCCUGGUCACAGUCAUCUGCCGAGUGCUUUACCGGAGGAGAAAUAAAGAUGAUGAAAAUGUUAUGGAAAACCAAGAGACCACUGAUAAUGUACAAAACAGCAUGGUGUAUGUGAAUGCCAAAGCUUUGGAAGAUGGACUUCAUCGUUUUUAAAGGACACAUAAUAUUCUCAGUGGAUUGUUUUGUUCAGACUUCUUGUACUGAAAGUUUAGACCUCUCCCUUUAGGGGCACAUGUACAAAUUCAGUGCAGUUAUAGAAGCCUCGCAUCUCUUUAACGGCAUUGCCUGACCAAUACUGUGUGCUUCUAUAACUGCGCUGACUGACCAACUGCAAUGUACACAGCUUCUGUGACUCUAUGGGGCCGAUUCACUAACUUCAAGCGAAGGAUUCGAAGUAAAAAAACUUCGAAUUUCGAAGUGUU